CACACAUAUCCAAGAGAAGUGCCAUUCCUUCCUUUCUUUCUCUUCAACACAUACCCCAAACCACACCAGAGCAUACCAAGAAAAACAAACUAACAAACUUAGUAAGUCCAAACUAAAAUUUCCUACCAAGAAAAGACCCAAUAUUAAUUUUUAUUUUUUUUUUAAAAAAAGAAAAGAAAAUGUCGGGUGUAUGGGUGUUCGAAGAGAAUGGAGUGUAUCGGCGAGUGGAGAAUCGAUCAGCGGCUGAGCAGCAGGACGGAAGGCAAGGCAACGCGUCCGGGAGGAGAACAGCGUUGGUGUACUUGGCAAGUGGGGAAGUGGUUUCAUCAUACACAUCGCUGGAGCGAAUCCUAACCUCCUUGGGUUGGGAAAGGUACUAUGGAGGUGGCCCAGACCUCUUCCAAUUCCACAAGCAAUCUGGCAAUGAUCUAAUCUCACUUCCUAGGGACUUUUCCAGGUUCAGUUCAGUUCACAUGUAUGACAUUGUCAUCAAAAAUCCCAACGUCUUCCACGUCCGAGAGAUAUGAAUCCAAACCUCGCACUUGGUAAUUCGUUAUAUGUCUGUGUUGUUUGUUUGGUUGUUUGUUUCCGACUCCUGUGUUUCGAUCCCUCCCUCCCCAGUGUUUAUGCCUUCUUCUCUAGUCUGCUUUCUUGUCUUGUAAUAUAUAUUCAACAAAUAACUGUAUGAGCUGCUGGUGUGAGUAUCUAUCAGGCAGUGUGUGUGUAUCAGUGUCUGUGUUUGUGUAAGCUACAUAUUGUCAUCCUUUGUAAGCUCCUAAACAUGGCUUUGUUGCUUGGAAUAUAUAUAUAAUGCCAUGAAG